CUGAAACGAUCAACCUUUCCUCCGUCAUCGUUUUUCUCUCCUUCCUGCAGUUCUUCUUCCUCGGCGUCGCGUCUCCUCCUCCAUCUCGUAACCCUAGACAACCCAUCAGAUCGGGGUCUCGGCUCCUCUUGGCUCACGAGACCAGGGAUUUGUCUCGCGAUCCUACAAGUUCCAUGGCGGAUGCUGAACCUGUUGAUCCGAAGAAUUACCUUGAGGAACGUUGCAAGCCACAGUGUGUAAAAUCAUUGUAUGAUUAUGAGAGAUGCAUGAAAAGAGUUGAGAACGAUGAUAGUGGGCAUAAGCACUGCACUGGCCAAUAUUUCGACUACUGGUCAUGCGUCGACAAGUGUGUUGCUCCAAAGCUCUUUGAUAAGCUUAAAUGAUGUCGCUGCUUUCAAUGUGACUUCUUUGCCGUAGUUCUCAAGCUAAAUAAAUUGAACAUGUAACAAACAGUUUCAUUUUGCUAUUCAAUUGGCAGAAGUCUUUGAAUAAGGCAGACACGUACUGUACUGGUGUUCAGUUUAACUGUCAUACCUAGAGAAGGUAGAUGGAGCAAGGUACCCAGAGUGUUGGUAUAACUAACCAAACGUUUUCGUGGUGGUGGUGGUGGUGGAUAUGAGCUUCAAAAUUCAAACUUUCAUCCUUUAUUUUGGCAAUUGUUUCCAUUCAAGAUUGCAUCCA